UGCGGUAGUCUUAGCAGGUCGAUGGUGCUGUUCGUACUGACGGUUCGUUUGCAGCCGUCUUUGCUUCGUGAUGCGUCCACUGAUGUGUGUUUCUGCACAUGGCCGUGCCGCCCAACGGGCUUCUGUAUUGUUCUACAGUUUUUCGCACUUUAUCACCGGAUCAUAUUUAUCAUUUUUAGAAGAAUUAUAUUAUAUAUAUUAUAUAUUACAUCCACCAUGACUACAUCAUCAGAAGAUGUUCUAAUGCAAGUAGGACAAGUUCGUUAUAAAAAAGGAGAUGGCACUUUAUAUGUUAUGAAUGAAAGAAUAGCCUGGAUGCUUGAUAAUAGAGAUACUGUAUCAGUCAGUCACAAAUAUGCUGAUAUUAAGUUACAAAAAAUAUCACCAGAAGGAAAAUCAAAAAUACAACUACAAGUUGUAUUGCAUGAUGGUUCAUCAUCUACAUUUCAUUUUGUAAACAGAAAUGGACAAGAAGCACAAAUUAAAGAUCGUGAUGAUGUAAAAGAAUUGCUGCAACAAUUAUUACCAAAAUUUAAAAGGAAAGUAAAUAAAGAAUUGGAAGAAAAAAAUAGGAUGCUUCAAGAAAAUCCUAUACUGCUUCAAUUGUAUAGGGAUUUGGUUAUUACACAAGUUAUUUCAUCUGAAGAAUUUUGGUCACAACAUGCUGCAGAAUAUACUCAAGCUAAAAAAAGUCAAAGACAAGAAAUUGGUGUAAAUAGUGCUUUUUUGGCUGAUAUAAAACCACAAACUGAUGGUUGUAAUGGAUUGAAAUAUAACUUAACUGUUGAUAUUAUAGAAUGUAUAUUUAAGACUUAUCCAGCAGUAAAAAGAAAACAUCAAGAAAAUGUGCCUCAUAAAAUGACAGAAUCAGAUUUUUGGACAAAGUUCUUUCAAUCACAUUAUUUUCAUCGAGAUCGUAUCAAUGCAGGGACCAAGGAUCUUUUUACCGAAUGUGCCAAAAUAGAUGAUCAAGAACUCAAAAAAGAUAUUCAAUCGGGUAUUGAUGAUCCAUUGGUGGAUAUAAGUUCUUUUGAGGAUCAAACUUUAGAUGAGAAUUAUGGAAAUGGACCCAGUAAAUCUGACAAAAUUUCAGGAAAUAUUGUACAUCAAAGUAUGAUUAAGAGAUUCAAUCAACAUAGCAUUAUGGUUUUAAAAGCCAGCACUGCCAAACAACAGUCUACACAGUCCAUUCAACCACAAUUAAAUGGCUCCACAUCAUCAGCAAAUAAAACUACAGCAUUCUCUAAUCAAUUAGAUGAACAACCAAAGACUAAAAAGCUUAGAAUACAAGAAAAAUUAACUUAUGAUGAUCUCGAUACCAGUCAUGAUAUAAACACAAAUAAUAGUACACCAUUAAAUUUAAAUCAUGUAGACAGGUAUUUACAUGGUCCAGUUCCAGGAUACAGUAAUAUAGAACCAACAUCUGAAGAACUUCUUAUAACAUUAAAUCAAUUAAAAAAAGAAGCAAAUGGUUGGCUGACAGGAAAUAGUAUACCACGGCAAUUAGCAACAUCAUUAGUUAGUCCAGCUGCAGCAGUUUCGGCCCUGGGAGAAUUAACUCCUGGUGGUUCUUUAAUGAAAGGCUUCAGAGAGGAAAGUCUUGGACAAUUAAUACCAAAGGAUUUAGAAAAAGAAUUACGUAAUGUAUAUGUAUGUACAUGUGAACUUCUAAGGCAUUUUUGGCGAAGUUUUCCACCUACAACUCCACAGCUUGAGGAAAAAGCCAUUAGAAUGCAUGAAGCAUUACACAGAUUUCAUUCUGCCAAACUUAAACCAUUUGAAGAUCGUGUUCAACGAGAUUUUUCUGCUGUUAGUCAACAUUUGACAAAUCACUUAAAUCAGUUAUUAAAUACAGCAUAUAGAAAAUUCGCAGUUUGGCAACAACGUAAGAUGCAAAUGAGGUAGCCAUUAAAUAAUUUGUCGUAUAAUUGAAAACAACGUGAAUAAAGUUGAGCAAUAUUGAUCAUCUUAUAUAUAUUGCAUUUUAUAAUGUUACCGUAAUUAGGGAUUGAUAUGGGUGUAUUUCACAAAAACCAAAGCUAAAUCGUGUCAUGCAUCCUAUGCUGCCACAUUGUUUAUUUAUUCUUACAUAAUCGUGUUUAUUAUUGUUUAAAAAAAUUUUCAUAAAUAUGUUACUUUACUUCAUUUAUAAGAGAAACUUCAUUUCAUUAAUAUUUUCAUAAUACAUAUAGCACAUAAAUUAUUUAUUUUUUUCCAUAGAUUAUUAUGUAUCAUAUUAAACAUCUUAUAUUAUUUGAUCAUUAAUAUAAGAUGAUGAUGAUGCUAAAAACAAAAAUUUAAAUACAUAAAAAAAUGUAGAAUAAAUAUUUAUAAAUUUCCAAACAAAUUACAUAUGAUUGCAUAUAAAAUGUUUAAAAUUUAUAAAAUGUAAUUACAUAGAUAGAUACAUGUUAGGCGCAAUGUUUAUUGUAUGAUAUCAAAGUAGCUGUGAUACUGCCACUGUAUUAUACUAAUAGAAAUUUCAUUGUUUUAAUCUUUGAUUGUUUUUAAAUUACAAAUAUUUUCUAUUCGCAUUAAUGAACUUCUUUUUGACAUAUCAUAUAUAAUUAAAAAAUAUUUUAUACAAUCUCUAAAUUCUUUUUGUAAUGUAGUUUGUAUUUUAAAUGAAAUAAAUUCUUUUUUAUUCAAAAAUUUAUUCAUAUACAGUGGCAUCAGUAUACUUUUUAUGAUAUCUGCGAUAUACUCAACUAAGUGUCUUAAUUGUUGAAUCCUAUUUUUUUUUUUUUUUUUUACGUUAUUGAGUAAAGCAAUUUGCAACACGAGAUUUUGUAAACUGCCUGCUCACUUUCCCUAUAGUAGCAAUAAUUUGGCAGUUACUGAGAUGAGUGAUACUUAAUUCAAUCAGUAAAGAUUCUUGGAGAUCAUAAUUGAAAGUUAUGCUAUAAUGAUUAUUACAAUAUCAAUUAUAAAUAUAUUCUUGCAUUAUCAUUAUAAUAAAUGUUAUUAUUAUGAAUUCGUAUUUAGUUAAUAAUAUCCUAUUCAAAAAGUAUAAGUGUCCUCUAUUAUUAAAAUAUUAAAUUUAUUAAUAUAUUAAAAUAUAAAUACUAAAAUAUUAAUUUUAAUUAAUAUUAAAAUUAUUUUAUUAAUAGAUAAGUUAUAUAUAAUUAUAUCAUGAAAUGUUAAUAUUUAUGGGACAUUUUUGGAAAAUUGAUUCUAAAGAUCAAACUAAAAUUGGUAUAUAGAAAUGUCAGAUAAGAUUUAUUUACAAAGUUGUAAAUAAUUAAAAUUCGCGAAAACAGAUAACAAAAUCUUUUUCCAUCUUGUUUCAUUUAAUCAGAAUUUUAAUUUCUUUUAAUAAUAAUUAUUAAAAAUUUAAUAAUAAUUUUAAUAAUAAUUAAAUAUUGUAUAAUGUUUUUUGUAUAUCAAUUUUUAUGUUUGUUUUAACCUCUAAAAUCGAUUUUCCAAAAGUAUUUCAUGAAUAUAUUACUCAUAUGCAUAGAUUUUUCAAAUUUUAUUAUUUAAGUCUUUAAAUUAUAUUUAAAUUUAAAUUUAAAUAUUUAAAAUAAGGUAAGAUGAAAAUAUAAACAAAUUUAAUAUAUACAAUCAUAUUGAAUAAUGCAGACAUUUUUAGGAGAUGAAAUUGUUUAUAAUAUAGGAAUGAGUGUAGAUCGAUGAUAAAAGUGCUCAUUCCUGAUUUUCUUAAAAAAUCCCGCCUGUUGAUUCUUUUCUUUAAUUCAUAAUCAGUAGAUGGCGCAGUUUAUUGUUGAUUUCGUUCAAAAUGGCGGCCUGUAAUGGGCACUGUGGGGUAAUAUUGUUCGAUUCCCCGCGAUAAAUGAGACCAUGCAGAGUUAACUCGCCUUGGUGUAUGUGCGAGUAUUGAGUCUAGAUUGUAUCCGGAAUGUACACUUUUCUUCGAAUGGUUAAAUCAUGUAAGCGCAAUCAUAGUGCCAGCCGAUCGUGUGUCGUGCAUUGGCUAAGUUUGUGUAGCCAUAUUUAUUGUGUUAUUCGGCAAGACGUUAUAUCUUAUACACCGGCAAAUGUAAUUGGUAAUGAAGACAUAUGGCUUUAUUAUUAAAGGUAAAAUCAUUGUUUCAACAUUUAUUUUUGUAAAAAAUGUGACAAUUUUGUUAUCUGUAACAAAAAGAGAUUAUAACAUAUAAAACAUUUAAGGACCUUAGGACAAUAGGACAUGAAAAGACGCUACACUGAGUUCUCUUCAAUUCUUCAAAAACGGCGCACAUUGAUUGUUUCUUUUUCAAACUACAAUUACUUUCUCUCUCUCUUUUUACAAUUUCCAAACGGUGCAAGUCGUGCAAUAUCUUAAAACUUAUUUGUGGUAUCCUUGUUAUCCUUAGCACACAUUGUGUUGUGUGGUGCAUUAAGGAUUUUACGAAAAAAGUGAGUAUUUUUUUUUAUUAAAUCAUAUACAAUUGUAAUAAUCAAUUUAAUAAUUUAUGUAUUUAUUUAUUUAUAAUAUUUUAAACAUAAAAAAAAGGAAAUGUGCUAAAAAAUUUAAUAUAUCUAUUGUUGUGAUGUAUGAUCAUUUGACAAUUUAUUUACUAAAUAAUAUUUAAAUAGUGUAUUAUAUAAUUAUGUAUUAAAUGUUUUUAAAAUAUUUUCAUAAAAUUUUUUUCAUUGUAUUAUUAUAA